GAUCGCACAGUGCGGCGUGCCAAGCCACUUCCGGAGAGGAGAGGAGGACUCCCACCACACUGACAGCCGGCAAGUCUCGGCAUUGUGGCGAGAGGCAGUGAGCACAAGUAUUAUCAGACCAGAGACCGGCAGUAGCAGCCUCUCGUAGACGGAAGCUCAGCGUAACAAAAAGGCGGUCGUCCUCGUCUCGCCCCUCCAUACCUUCAAGUCCCGACCUGGAAGAAUCACACCCCCUCAACCACGACCAGUCCACUACCUACAAUAAUGCACCCACCAGGCCUCACCACCCUCCUCCUCGGCUUCCUCGCAACAGCCGCAACACCCGCACUCGCGGCACUCACACCAUGUCAGAAAUCACUCACCCAGCAACUCACUAACGAGUUUGAAAAUAGUCGGAGAUUCUUUUCCUUUGACUAUUGUGAGGAUAUUGGGGAUGGCAGGGGUUAUACCGCAGGGAUGGUUGGGUUCACCACAGCCACGCACGACGCCUUCGCGGUAGUCUCCGCCUACAAACUCUCCCCCAACUACACCCUCGAAUUCGAUUCCACUUACGACACGCUCCUCGCCCUCAACCAAACCGGGUCCUCAUCCACAUCGGGGUUGGCCGACUUCUGUCCCGCCUGGCGCACCGCCGCCGCCACGAAUCCCUCCUUCCGCGCCUUACAGGUCAAGCUUGCCGAUGAGAUGUAUUUUAACCCCGCGGAAGCGUUGAGUGAUACGUUGGGGUUAACUCUGCCGCUGGCGAGGGCGCAGUUGUAUGAUGCGGCGGUGCAGAUGGGGAUUGGGAAUGAUACGGAUUCGGUGCCGGCAAUGGCUGCGCGGAUCCCGUCGGUUGCGCAGGCUGGGUCUGAGGACACCUGGUUGAGCAACUUCCUAACCGAACGCGCCCGCACCCUCUGCAACCCCGCCGAAACCGCCUUCCGCAAGUCCUGGUGCCCCACCCUGUACCGCACUAAUUCCUACACGCACCUCCUCACCACUUCCCAAUCCAAUUUCACCGAAACAUUUACCCCGCUCGACAACGAUGGUCACGGGAUAACACUCAAUUGCGAUCUGGCGAUUUGGGAUACGUUUGUCCCGUUGCCUGUGACGGCACCCGGUGGGGGUGGGUUGAGUACGGCGGCGAAGAUUGGGAUUGCGGUGGCGGUUAUUGUGGUCGUGUUGGGGCCGGUGGCGGUGUUUUUGGUGUAUACGAAACGGAGGUUCGGGGCUUGGGGGAGGUGGCCGGCUUGGAAGAAGUGAAGCUUGGGGCUCGCUACGGAGCAGGGUGGACCCUACGCUUUGUGUCUGAGGUUGUGGUCUAUCCGCAGAAGACACACGCAGAAGACACAUUCCGCUCUUCUUUCAUAUUCAUUGGACACCCCUCCAACAUACGGCGUAGGCUUUUCUUCGUCAGAAGUUUUUGAACUAUCCCAUCCCAUAAUCUGCCUCAACAUUCAUUCAUCCGU